GCCGGGCGGGCGGAAGCGCGCGCCGCCCGCCAUGAGCCGGUUCGGGGGUCGCACGCGUGAGUACCCGGCUGUGUCCAUCGACCGCUUCGACCGCGACAACCUGCGCGCGCGCGCCUUCUUCCUGUCGCACUGCCACAAGGAUCACAUGAAGGGGCUGCGGGCGCCCGCCCUCAAGAGGAGGCUGGAGGGCAGCUUGAAAGUUAAACUAUACUGCUCACCAGUAACUAAGGAAUUGUUGUUGACUAACUGGAAAUACAAGUUUUGGGAGAAUCAUAUUGUUGCAUUGGAAGUUGAAACUCCAACCCAGAUUUCCUUAGAAGAUGAAACAUCUGGUGAAAAAGAAGAUAUAGUGGUGACACUUCUGCCAGCUGGUCACUGUCCAGGUUCAGUCAUGUUUCUGUUUGAAGGUGGGAAUGGCACUGUGUUGUACACAGGGGAUUUCAGGCUUGCAAAAGGAGAAGCAGCCAGAAUGGAGCUUUUGCAUUCAGGAACCAGGGUAAAGGACAUCCAGAGUGUGUAUUUGGACACUACUUUUUGUGAUCCCAAUUUUUACCACAUACCAAGCCGGGAGGAAUGUUUAAAUGGGAUCUUGGAAUUAGUGCGAAGCUGGACCUCGCUGUCUCGUAAUCAUGUUGUGUGGYUGAACUGCAAAGCUGCUUAUGGAUAUGAGUAUUUGUUCAUAAACCUCAGUGAGGAACUUGGAAUCAAGGUGCACACAAAUAAACUCGAUAUGUUCAGGAACAUGCCAGAWAUCCUGUGCCAUGUGACCACAGACCGACACACGCAGAUUCACGCCUGUCGACAUCCUCGGGAUGAUGACUGUUUCCGAGGGAACAGACUGCCCUGUGGGAUCACUUGCCACAAUGGAACUCCCUUGCACAUAAUCAGCAUCAAACCCUCCACUAUGUGGUUUGGGGAAAGGAAAAAGAAAACAAAUGUAAUAGUGAGGACUGGGGAGAGUUCAUACAGAGCUUGCUUCUCUUUCCACUCUUCAUACAGUGAGAUCAAGGAUUUCCUGAGCUAUAUCUGUCCUGUGAAUGUGUAUCCCAACGUACUGCCAAUGGGUAGGACAGAAGACAAAGUUAUGGAAAUAUUAAAGCCMUUAUGCAGGUCAUACAGGAGAAACAUGGAACCCAGGUACAAGCCCUUAGGAACACUGAAGAGAGCCCAUAAGAGAGAAUUAUCUGAUACAGAUGAAGAUGAUCUCUUUGAUUCAGAAKUAACUUCUACAAGGCCUAAGAUUCCAAAGCUACAGACGGAAGACAGCAGGCCUUCCAGCACAGGACAGCCUGAAAAUGCUGAAGGAAACAUUAAUGAGAGCACAGAAAGUUACCAAGGGACCACAACUUGCACAUCCCUCAAUGUAGACUUUGUGGACUGUGAGGAAUCAAAUGAUGAUGAUGAUGAUGAUGAAGAAGAAGAAGAAUCUGAAAAAAAUACAGUUCCGUUUCUUUCCCAUGAGCCAAAUGCCUCUUCCUCAGCCAAUUUCAAUGGAGUAACUAGUGACCAGCAGGAAUCUAAUGCCAAUGUCCCUUGCUGGGGUGAAUUCUUCACAGGUAAUAAACUAGAGGAAAGCUCUGAAAAUGAGGACAAUAUUCCGUCUUCAGCAGAUGCUGGUGGGUCCCAGUCACUCUUCAGCGAUUCAGAUGGACUAAGUGACUCAACACACAUUUCUUCCCAAAAUUCUUCUCAGUCAACACACAUAUCAGAGCAGGGGAGCCAGGGCUGGGAUAGCCAAAUGGACACAGUGCUCAUCACCUCCCAGGAGAGAAGUGCCCUGGAACUCAGCAAAGGUGGGAGCAGAGCAGUGGUUCCCAUGCUGCAGGAGACUCCCAGGGACAGCCAGUCAGACAGUGGCAGGGGAAAGCCACUGGGUCAGAACAGACCUUGUGCCCAUGAUGGUGCCUGUGACUUGAAAAGCAGAGGCUGUGAGAAAGCUGCRGAAGCUGGUGCUGCCCAUGUUCAGGAUGUGCUGGUGGAAAUAAGUGACAACUCCAGGACUCCUGAUCUGGAGCUGAGGAGGGACUCCCAGAGCUCCUCUGACUUUGAAAUUCCCUUGACUCCUGAUGCUGAAGCGCCUCAGCCAGAUAGACUGCACUAUUUAUACAAGAAGCUCGCAGCAGGUGAAAACAUAUCAAUGAGAAAAAAGUCUCCUGAGGACAGGUAUAACUGAUUACUUUGAGGUAAUAGCCAACAUGUUUAUUCUUUUUCUCUUUCCUGCCAGUUACUAUCUGCAGCUGUGCUGAGUCAUGCUUUUUUCAGAAAUAUGAAAAAUCUUACUGUAAGAACAAGGAAUUUACAGCCUGUGUAACUUUACUGUUCCUUCCAUGAAAUGUUGAACAGGAAGUAUUCAGGAAUUAUUCUCAUGAGAGACUAUAAAAGCCUUCUACCUCCCAAGGUUCUGUUCUCCAGGACUGUAAGUAGACAAAAAAUGGACCAGACAAAACUAAGGGUAGAACACUAAAUGAAAAUUUAGUGGUUUUAUUAUAAGCUCUAAGAGUGCCUUUAUAAUGUGAUCUCAGGUUUUAAUAAAAUACCGCAUUGUUAACUGUCGGGAGGAACACCUAAGAAUGACCAUGCAAACAAAGACAGUUGUUAUUUGGCUUCUAUCACUCUUACCACUGUUUAUCAUUAUURUAACAAUUUAAUCAGUAUUCACUGCAGUUAUUUUUAAAAAACAACUGCAGAACAGGUUAAACAAUUACUGAGAUUGUGAGGGGGUUUUUAGUUUGUUUUUUAAAUCAAAUUGUUCAUUUCAAGAAGUUGCUCUUUUCACUGAGCAAGUGGUGUCUGGCUUUAACUCCUGAGUGAGGUACUGCAGACCGCUGUCUACGCUUCAUCUCCAACUCAUUGCAAACAACUUGUCAUCAGUUCCCAUGUGUCCCGGUUUGUUCUGAAUUUUCUUCAGAAAAACUUAAAAAUAAAAUCCUGUGGUGCCCAAGUUACCAGUUCUGUCCUGCUCUGGCAGGUAACUUGGAAGGUAACCUGGUAUCCCAGACAUGUGGUUGCAUUACUUAAGGCUCRUGUAUUACAAAAUUUCACCUCCUCUGCAACAUUCUGUAGACUUCACUGUUUUGAAGCAAGACAAUACAUUCUCCAUGCAUGUGUGCCAUUAUAACACUCUGCCAAAAUUCUUAGCUUCUAAAAUAGAAAUAUAAUUCAAAUUCUUCAUAAACUGGAGUGCCUAUGAAAUAUCCAAACCACAGAAGUCACCUAAAAAUCCCUGAGGUUUUCCAUCCAUGUGGUUUUAUGUCCCAAAGAAUUAAACAUACUUUAGCACAACAUGUCUCCCCUCUAAGUGUGCCUUCAGUUGUUGUGCCAUGUUUAGUGACAUGUGAAUGUUAAACCAGCCAGCAUUCUGCCAAAGGGAACAGAAGCAGGAGGAGACAAAGCAUUGUUACAAUCUAUGUAUGAUUUUAAGGAUAUUCAAKAUCCAUGUAUUUCUCCACUGUUACCUUUUCUGCUGUUUGUGGGACUUGUUAACCUAAUUUCCAAAUGUGAUCUACCAGCUUGGGGUUUUUUUUAGCAAGCCUGAGCCAGUAGAACUGCUGUUGGAAUUACCUCUGUGAAUAAAGCMAGAGCAGAA